UCCCAACCCUAAAACCCCACUCUUAUUCACUCGCCCAUAUAAAUAUUUCUUAGCCUCUCAACGCCUUUUCGUUCCUGUCUCCUCCUCCUCCUCCUCCUCCUCCUUAGGGUUUCUGCAUCUCACUCUGCAGACAUGGCCAGAGGACUGAAGAAGCAUUUGAAGAGGCUCAAUGCCCCAAAGCAUUGGAUGCUCGACAAGCUUGGUGGUGCUUUUGCCCCCAAGCCCUCAUCUGGGCCCCACAAAUCCAGGGAGUGCCUUCCCCUGGUUCUUAUCCUGAGGAACAGGUUGAAGUAUGCACUCACAUACCGUGAGGUUGUUUCGAUUCUCAUGCAGCGCCAUAUUUUGGUUGAUGGAAAGGUCAGGACCGACAAGACUUACCCUUCUGGCUUCAUGGAUGUUGUUUCAAUCCCGAAAACAAACGAGAAUUUUCGUCUGCUUUUUGACACAAAGGGUCGGUUUAGGCUUCACUCCAUUAGAGAUGAGGAGGCAAAGUUCAAGCUCUGCAAGGUUCGGUCGGUGCAGUUUGGGCAGAAGGGCAUCCCCUAUCUUAACACUUUUGAUGGCCGAACCAUUCGCUACCCUGACCCGCUGAUCAAGGCCAAUGACACUAUUAAGCUGGACGUAGAGACCAGCAAGAUCACUGACUUCAUUAAGUUUGAUGUUGGUAAUGUUGUCAUGGUGACUGGCGGUAGGAAUAGGGGACGUGUUGGAGUCAUUAAGAACAGGGAGAAGCAUAAGGGAAGCUUUGAGACCAUCCACGUGCAGGAUGCCCUCGGCCAUGAGUUUGCAACCCGUCUUGGCAAUGUGUUCACCAUCGGCAAGGGUACCAAGCCUUGGGUUUCUCUUCCCAAGGGCAAGGGCAUCAAGCUAAGCAUCAUUGAAGAGGCAAAGAAGCGACAAGCGUCCCAAACAGCUGCUACGGCUUAAACAAUAUAGCGUCGACUAUGGAUUGUUGUUCCUGUAGUUUUAGAAUGGUACUUAGUUGAAUCAGUUAAGCAGUUUUACUUAAAUCAGCUUAUGUUUAGGGGGUUCUUUUUUCUUUCGUUUUGGGGCCGUGCAUUAUGGAUUAUUUAAGUUGCUAUACUGGCUUGAAUCUUGUUAUGUUUUGUGCUGGAAUGAGAUGUGUAUUGAACCAUUUUUAAUCAACUUCCUGCCUAUGCUAUGCUGAUA